UUAGUUACAUCAAUACCCUGCUCCCAGCGCAAUCCGAAAAUUGUCGGCGGCCUAGAGGCUGAACGACACGAAAUGCCCUAUAUGGUAAGUUUAACGCGCAGAGGUGGACAUUUUUGUGGCGCAACAAUAAUACAUGAGAAAUGGAUCUUGACAGCGGGUCACUGUAUAUGCAAUGGACUGAAUAAGGUUAUGAAAGCCGGCCAAAUACAGGGUGUAAUGGGUCUGCACAGUAUAUCACAAUAUUUGAAUGGAAUUGACAAUGAGCGUGAUGAUGAGGCGCCGGUGAAAGUGAACUUUCAAAAUAUUGUGCCACAUCCAAACUAUAAAUGCACUAGUACGAAAAAUGAUAUUGCUUUAUUGGAAUUGAUACAGCCCUUACGAUUUUCCCGCCACAUACAGCCCAGCUGUCUGUCAUCGGCCGCUAGUUUGAGAAAUCAUGAAAAUGAAAUGGCCACUGUAGCCGGCUGGGGUUGGACUCAAGAGAAUCAGGGGGAGGGCGAUCGUGCCGAUAUAUUGCGUAAAGCUGCUGUUAGGGUUUGGAAUAAUAAUGCCUGCGAGAGAUCGUAUCAAUUGAAUGGUAGACCAAAUAGUAUUAUCACUGAUACACAAUUAUGCGCUGGCUAUGAAAAUGGCGGUAUUGAUUCAUGUUGGGCUGAUUCUGGUGGUCCUUUGAUGUCCAAAGAGAAUUUCCUAAUUGGUGUUGUUUCCACAGGCAUUGGCUGUGCUCGUCCUGGUCUACCCGGCAUCUAUACACGUGUUAGCAAAUACGUACCAUGGAUGGAAUCUGUGAUAUUUCCACGUAACUGAUUUUAAUAUGUGAAUUAUUUAUAUUAAUAGAAUUUAACUGUGAUAUU